AGUCCUUGACCGCUUGGCCCAUGCCUCCAACCAGAAGGAAGGUUCUGGAAAGACAUCAGACAGCUUUGGUUUUGCAGAAAAAUACAGAAGAAAUAAAAAAUGUCCAAAAUAACCACAGAACUUUUGUUGGAGAGAGCCGUGCCCAAAUCUACAAGGCUCCGAAAAAUCAAAACUUUGAACUUGUCCAGAUUGCAAAUAACAGCAGAGGACUUGGAGCCGCAGUUGUUUUCCCAUCUCCGCCACCUCCAAGAACUUGACCUCUCCGACAAUCUGCUCGAGCGGCUUCCUGACAACCUGAGCCUGCCAAACCUCCGCGUCCUAAACUGCAACAACAACCACCUUGAAGAUGUGACAGCCCUGCAGCAGUUCCCGCAGCUGGAGGAGCUGACUUACACGAACAACGUAUACCUGACGCCCAGUGAUGACUAUAAAGUCAUGUUUCUUUUGCGAAACCUCCGGCAGCUGAAUGGCAAGGACAUCACCAAGCUGGCCAAUCACGUACGAGUUAUCAACAGUCGGGAGCUGACCAGUAGGGUCUCAGCUCACUGGGGGAAAAGCUUUCGGACCCAGUUGCCUAAGACGUUUUCUCCCGAGCAACUGAAAUCAGUCAGGAAAAAGUUCAUCAGGUCGGCACAAGCCCAUGUGGCAUAUGGGCCCAGCUCUCUCAGCGACUUCACCCGGUGGCGGGUGAAAAUGAUAGCCGAGGAAUUUUUGACUUCACUGAUGAAUCAAGGAGAGAAGCCUUCUUCUGAAAUGGGAGAGACUUUAGAAGAGGAGGAGGAGGAGGAGGAAGAGGAGGAAGCAGAGGAGAAGGAGGACGAUGACAAGGAGGAGGAGGAUGAAGACAAGGAGGAAGAAAUUGUGGAAAGUACUGCGGAGACAGAAAAGAAGACUGCUGUUAAGGGCGCAGUAACCCCCGGCAAGAGGAAAGGGGCUCGCUCCAAAGAAUCGGUUGCGAGCAAGCGGUCCCAUUCCCGGAGCAGCUCGAAAGAGGAAGCGUCUCCCAGCCCCAAGAAGUCUAGCCGCUUGCAGGAUGAGCGCAGUCCAGAGGGGGCACAAACUUCUCGCCCGCUGACCAAGGAGUCCCCGGCGGCUCUGGAUCUGGAAGGGGCCCAUCGGAAUGGGGGCCGACUCCCCAAAGCACAAAGCCACAAAAGGUCCAGCCAACAGAAACUGGAGCACAAGGAGGAAGAGGAGGAUGUGAGAGAUGCUUGCGACACGCCUGUCAAGGACUUGGAAGGCGAGGAGACCAUCCGUUUGGAGCCGGUCCAUUUCCUGCAGUGUCACAGCAAAGGCAACAACAGAGAUGACUUCAAGACCCAGUUGUGGGCCUGCGUCUUUGAGCCGCCACUGGACUGCGGGACAAGGAAAGACCCAGUGGUGAGCUCAUCCAGGACAGCAGCAACCUGUGGAGGGGACUCUGUGUGUUUGGUUGACUGUGAGACGGGCAUCGUCUUGAAAAAGUACAAGGUGGCUGGGGAGGAGUUUUACACUGUUGCAUGGACAACCCUGACCAUGGUGACCAGUGAUGGGAGAAAGAAAAGGCACAAUGUGCUGGCUGCAGCUGGGAGGCGAGGAAUCGUCAAGCUAAUUCACGUGACUGCUGAUUACUGCUACGGGGAAAUCAAGGCCCACAAGAAGGCUAUCGCCACUGCCUGUUUCAGUCCUACCAGUGAGACGCAUCUUUUCACUGCAUCCUAUGACAAGAAAAUAUGUGUGUGGGACAUUGGGGUUCCAGACUGUGACUACAAUUUCAAAGAAAGGCAGCUGCUUGUGCUGGAGACGGUCACCACGCCCUUGCGGAUCGCCCUCGUGCCCUCCUGCCCAGACCGAUACCUGGUGGCCGGCUGUGAGCAAGGCUGCUUCGCCUGGGACAUUCGACUGGAUGACAGGCAACAGAAGAACAGACCCUUUGAAGUGGAGUUUCAGUUCCCAGAUGACCAGGGUAAUGAGACCUCUUCCCAUCAGGUGGAUGGACUGGCCUUUUUGAAUGAAGAUAUUGUGGUCACGAAGAGCUCCAAGAUGGGAUCCAUAAACCUCUGGAGCUGGAGUCGUUCUUUCAAGCAAGGGAAAGCCGGGAGACGGACAGUGCAGGCCAUCAUUCUGGCUGAACUGGAGUGGUCCUCAACAGAUUUGCCUUACCUCACCCUUAGCACAUGUCCAACAGAAGAAUAUGUGUUCUGUGGGGAUGAAAAGGGAAGUGUCUGGAUGUAUGAUCUCAGCAACCACUUGUCUGCGCUGAGUGCCACCAAGGAAGACAGUCCGACCAAGAGAAUCGGCCCUUCUCAGGUUCUGAAGUGGCCAGAACUGAAGGCAAAUGGUGAACUGCUGACUGAUGUUUUGGUAAAUAAUGUGGUCACUGAUCCCACCUUCACAUACCUGGUUGCGCUGACUGACAUAAACAUUGCCGCAAUAUGGAAGAAGGCUUAGGCAUGCUGCUCUGGCCUCAGACUGGAGCCACAUCUUUUUUUCAUCCUCAUUUCAGUAGUGCAGUAUUUGUGACAGGUCUGAGGAUCAUCAGAUUGGGGUGCGGGGAUUUUAGGCUCAUGCUCAAUGCAAUUAAAAUCCACCAAAGGGGUUGGCUAGAACGUUGUGGUGUUAUUGUCAAUACCCACGUCUCUUAACUGUGACUUUGCUUUAUUGUUGUACUAAGUGUAUUUGUUUUAUAGGAGGACAGUAUUUAAUAAAACUUGAUACGAGA